GCUACCCUCCUGUCUGUUCCUCUCUCUCCUCUCUACGCAUCCCCUCCCUUUUCUGUGCCCAAAGAUUUAUGACCCAUUCAGUUUGUUUUCAAACCACCUUAUUUAUUUGUCGGUUAUAUCCUUCCCCACACAUACUCUCCUGUUCAUUUUUCUCCUAUUCCUAUUCCUACUCCUACUCUUUUUUUCUCUUUCCUCCCUCGCUCUCUCCUUUCAUUCAUCCCUGUGACGUCUGAUGCAUCCAGUUCAUCAUCGCCCUCUCCCUCUUUCCUGAGAGGCAGGAUGGGAGGGGACAGAAGGAGAGAGAGAGAGUGGGAACUGCCCGGAGAUUGCCUGAAAAAGAGAGCAGGAGAGAGAGAGAGCAAGUGAUGGGUAGGAGGAGGCAGAGGUUUUUCUCCUCUUUGUUUUGUCUGAUCCGACACGAGCCACAGAACGUGUGGGCUUGACCAAGGAAAGGCAUCUCUCCCAUGACGCUUCACCCUCAGCCUUUCCCUCUGUCUGUCUGCCUGCCUGGAGCUGAGGCUGGAGCUGGACUAGUUGUUGGCUAACGGAGAGGCUAGUGGCCCUGAGAAGAGCUGGAGGAGGAAAGGAGGAGGGGCUGAGCUGAGCCAGUGGGCUCGCUCUCUGCCUCACAGACACGUUUUAUUGACUUGCUAAUUGCCUGAGACACUCGGAGGAGAGGAUGCAGUGAGGGAAGGGAGGGAAGGAACCUACUGUACAUAAGAGUAUUACAGGCAGAGGAACAGAAACAGGACUGUGUUCUGCCUAUCUGGCCACCAUCUCUGCUUCUCUUUGCUGGGGGAACUAAAACAGAUGUUUGCAGCCUGCCUUUCAUUGAUCCACAAUACGUACAUACGUGAUUCAUGCAUGACAUUAGUGUGUCUUUGCCUCGUAUGCAGUCGGAAGGAGACUACCCACCCACCACACGCUUUUGUGACACGUGAAUGAUUUCCAUAUUUAUGUUUUUUCUUGUAUUUACCGUAAAUGUUUUUCCUCUGCUGGGUCAGCUAAAGCGGUUGUUUGCUGUGUUGCCUGCUAUGUCUGGUUUGGCUUUACCACGGUACAUACCCUUUGGUGUCUGUGACGGUGCAAAUUAAAAAUAGAAACAUAUUUGUUAACCAAUCAAAUAUAAUGGGAAUAAGAAAAUAUGAAGAUUCUGAAGCGUACAAUGGAUAUUCUUCAAUGGAAAUGAAGAAAUGAUCUGAGAAGCUUACAGACUGAAGACUGGCUUGAGGCAGUUCAUCUUGUGUGCUUUUGUGGAGUGGGGAGCUACAUAGUACAGUCUUGGUGGGCAAAUGGACCAAGCUCAUUUGUUGGCUCUAUCAUAAUUCCAGGAUACCCAGUCUCAAACAUCAAGAUCGUGGAAAGCAAUCUCAGAUCCCUGGCUUUGGGCUGUAGAUGAAUCUUGCGUAUGGAGAGAGGGAGGGAACGAGAAAGGGAGGAUUGUGAAUGAACCCGUGGAGCAGUCCAGUGGCAGCAGUCUUUACAGAUCAGCAAAGAGGAGCUGAAGAGACGAUUACAGGAAGGAUUCAAAUAAAAACUAGUCUAGACUUAAUUCAGUAAUUUAGCCUUGUUAAAAGUAUGCUCCAUUAUUUCAAGAUACCUUAGAGUGAUUCUCUGUCUCGCUUGUGCUGACUCUUGAGUUUUCACGUCAUGGGUUCAGAAGCCUGAAGAAGCAAUCCAGGAAGACUCCAACCACCUCUUGACAAAGUUACCAUUCACCCACAUCAGACGUAUCCAUACGCCAGGCAGUUUGACAGUACCAUCUGACUGGUGUCUGGCCUGGCUAUUGUCUCCGUGGUGAAGCCUCCGGCUGUGGGUUGCUAUGCCGGUUCCCUGUGGGUCUGUCUGGGUCACAGCGAGGGUGCUGCCACUCCGCUGAGGUUGGUCUGCCUGUCUUCCAGCCUGCCGCCCCCAUGAGCCACGCGGGCACCCUACAGAGACGCACCACCUACCUCAUCUCCCUUACCCUGGUCAAGGUCGAGGCCGUGGGGGGUGAUGGAGUUUCCAUCGGGCCCCAGCCACAACGGACCCUUGCUCUGGGGAGAGCAGGAGUGGAGGGCCCAGAGGAUGAGGAGCUGAGCAGGACCACUGAGGAUGAGGGAGGACAUGCAUGUGCCGAGAUGAAGGGAGAGGGGAACACAGAGAUGGAGGAAGAGGAGCAGGAGUACGUUAGCUUUGGGGGACCUGUACAGGAGCGGGAGAAGCCUGAGAUAAAGGAGCGAGAGAGUCGUGGUCCAGGCUCCUCAAAAGAUGUCACGUUGGAGACUAAGAGCAAGGAGUCUCCCCUCUUACCGAAGAAUGUGAAAGACCAAGUGAAAGGACUUGCAGGGGUGUCAGAUGUCCCCUCAGUGGGAGGGCUGAGGAGAGAGGGAACCCGCCCUAAAACAGAGCUCUAUAGGGAGCCACCCAUGCUGUUCCCAAGGUGCGAGGAAGGGAUGGGCGACGCAAGCAACACCCUCUCCCGGGGCAGCAUGCCCAUCACCGUACCGCCCAGGCUCACCCAGAGACCCGAGGUCCUGAUGAGGUCACAUGCCGGGGGCGGGGCUGUAAGCCGGCGGGAAUUGAGGGAAGCCAAUCAGAGUAUGCCUCCAUCCGCCAAGAGUCUGGACCGCAAAGACAACCGCAUAGGGGACCGGUCUCCCAUGACAGCUGCUGUGGCCUCUCUGGGACCAUACCGGGCGUCCUGGGCGGACAGUGAUGGCAGGUCCACCCUCCUUCGCCAGGGAGCCCCUGUAGGGGGGAGGUUUACAGACGUGGUGACCAGGGAAAGCCCCAGAGGGGACAGGCUGAAGACAGGCUCAACCUCCCUGCCAGCCCAACCCACGCCUCAAAUAUCCAAGCCGCCGAGGAAGGGCAAGAGCCGCACUCUGGACAACAGUGACCUGCACUCCCUCUCUGAGGACCUGAAGAAGGGGAAGGACAGCCAGAGUCAGGGGGGUAACACCCAGCGUCCCCCCGCCCGUGACCGCAAGAUGCUCAAGUUCAUCAGCGGCAUCUUCACAAAAAGUACGCCUGCGCCUCCCUGCUCCAACACAGCGCCCCCUAUCUACACGCCCAUUCAGAGGGGUUCUAGUGAGGAGGAAGCGGCUUGCGGUAACAGUCAAGAAUGGACCUUCAGUCGAACCGUCCAAGAGCUCCGUCUGGGGGUGUUGGGAGGUCUCCGCAGUGGGAAGUCAGCCCUGGUCCACAGACACAUGAGCGGCAGCUACCAGCCCCUGGAGAACCCAGAAGGGGGCAGGUAUAAGAAGGAGGUACUUGUUGAUGGCAACAGUCACAUUUUGCUGAUCAGGGAGGAGACAGGACCCCCGGAUGCACAGAUGGCUAGCUGGGUGGACGGGGUCAUCCUGGUCUUCAGUCUGGAGAAUGAGGCCAGUUUCCAGGAAGUGUACAGGAACUACAGCGAGCUUGGCAUCCACCGCAACAUCGCUGAGAUCCCCUUCAUAGUGGUAGGAACCCAGGAUAAAAUCACCAGCACCAACCCUCGGGUGAUAGAGGAUGCCAGGGCUAGACAGCUGUGUUCAGAUGUCAGGCGCUGUACCUACUACGAGACCUGCGCUACCUAUGGUCUCAAUGUCAACCGCGUCUUCACCGAGGCUGCCCAGAAGAUCAUGGCAGUGAAGAAGCAGGCAGCUCUACUGGCCUCCUGUAAAUCCCUGCCCAACUCCCCCAGUCACUCUGGAGGCUCUACCCCAGUGUCAGGAGUCUUCCCUGGUCAGGCCAGUAAUGGUGGUCAGAGCAGUGACUACUCGUCCUCUCUGCCCUCCACCCCAGUGAUCAGUCAUAAGGAGAUCGGUGGGGCAGCAGGGGGGGAGAGGCUGGGCAGCGCCACCCCAGGGUCUGUCCGCAGUGCCCCUCGGCGACGCACCGGCUCCCGCUUCACGGGCCGUAGGGGCAGUGACUCGGAGAGGAGGAGUACAGACGGUAAGAUAGGAGACCUGGGUAGUGGACGCUCCAUCCCCAUCAAACAGAGCAUCCUGCUGAAGCGCAGUGGGAACUCCCUCAACAAGGAAUGGAAGAAGAAAUACGUCACGCUGUCCAACAACGGCAUGCUCUCUUAUCACUCCAGCGUCAACGACUACAUGCAGAAUGUCCAUGGGAAAGAGAUGGACCUGCUGAGGGUGACUGUGAAGGUGCCAGGGAAACGCCCGCCCCGUGCUGGUGCCGUCCCUUCCUGUGGUCCUCCGCCCGGCCUCAACGGCCUGGUCAAAGACGUCCAGGGGCCUGAGGGGGCCAGCGCGGUCCCUGGUAGUGGUAGUAACCUCCUGCCCGUAGAAGAGGGGGCGGGAGGAGGGUUGUCUCCUGGGGGGAACAGAGGGGUGCAGCGCUGCCCCUCUACUCUCUCUAACAAGCCCCAAAGCAUGGACUCUGCCAUCGAGGGGGUGUCCAGACCCUCCUCCUAUAAAGAUACAGGCCCAGCCUCCCCAAUGGUUGACAGGAAGAAGCAUCGCAGGAAGAAGAGCAUGAACCAGAAAGGAGACGUAGCCAUUGGCCAAGCAGAUGCAAAGCGCAAAAUGUGGAAACUAAAAAGCUUUGGUAGCUUAAGAAACAUAAACAAGACAGACGAGGAUAACUUUGACUUUCUGAUCGUGUCGAGCACGGGCCAGACGUGGCACUUCGAGGCCCAGAGUGUGGAGGAGAGGGACUCCUGGGUGACGGCCAUCGAGAGCCAGAUCCUGGCCAGCCUGCAGCUGUGUGAGAGCAGCAAGAACAAGGCUCGUAAGAACAGCCAGAGUGAAGCUGUGGCACUGCAGGCUAUCCGUAACGCCAAGGGCAACAGUCUCUGUGUGGACUGUGAAGCACCUAACCCAACAUGGGCCAGUCUGAACCUGGGGGCUCUGAUCUGCAUUGAGUGUUCAGGAAUCCACAGGAACCUGGGCACCCACCUGUCCCGUGUCCGCUCUCUGGACCUGGACGACCUGCCCAGAGAACUCACCCUGGUGUUGGGUGCCAUCGGCAACCACCUGGCCAACAGCAUCUGGGAGGGACGUACGCUGGGCCGCAGAAAACCCACGCCCGACGCCACACGAGAGGAGCGGGAGUCAUGGAUCCGAGCCAAGUACGAGCAGAGGUUGUUUGUGGCUCCGCUGGCCCUGCCCUCCUCCAGUCAGGGGUUAGAGGUCAACACGCUGUCAGCCAGUCUGCUGGCGGCCGUGAUGGAGAGGGACCUCCCCCGCCUGCUCCUUCUCCUUGCCCAUAGCACCAAGGAUGACAUCAAUGCCCCCCUUCCCUCAGGGGGUCACCUCUCUCCACCCCCCCCUGCUGCCUCCCCCAGCCCUCCCCUGGAGGGCUCCCUCCGGCCGCCUUGCUCUGCGCUGCACGCCGCCUGCCAGCUCGCCGACGUGGUCAUGACCCAGCUGCUGGUCUGGUAUGGCAGUGAUGUGAGGUGUCGGGACGCCCAGGGGCAGACGGCCGUCACGUUGGCACGUUAUGCUGGCAGUCAGGAGUGUGCCGACAUCCUCCUGCAGUAUGGCUGCCCCAACGAGCCCGCACCUUCGGUUGCCACAACACCAAGCCUUUCUGUUGCCACAACACCAAGCCUCUCGGUCGCCACGACACCCAGCCUUUCCCGCAAGAGCAGCGCAGGCAGCCUCAGCCGCAGCAGCUCCAGAAGAGCAGUGUCUUAAUGUGAGGGGGGUAGAAAACGUGUGUGUGUGUGUGUGUGUGUGUGUAAGAGAGAGAGGGUGUAUGUGUAAGAGAGAGGGGGGAUAUGUGUGUGUAAGAGAGAGUGGGGAUAUGUGUGUGGGUGGAUGUGUGCGUCAGUGUGUGUUAGAAUGCCCGUGUGUGUGUGAGAGGUUGUGUGGGUGGUGCAUGUGUGUUUGUAACCAUAUGUAUGCCAGGGUGGCUCUAGUUGAAGGGGGAGGCUGUGUCCUCACAGUGUCCUCUAAAAAGGAACCCAUGAAGUCACACCAGGAUGUAGUCACAGACCAAAAGGACUGAAUGGACAAGCAGCUAAUACUGUCACCACCGUAAAGCCAGAAGGCAGAGCUCACUCUUACCUGGCUCUGUGUGUGUGUGUGUGUGUGUGUGUGUGUGUGUGUGUGUGUGUGUGUGUGUGUGUGUGUGUGUGUGUGUGUGUGUGUGUGUGUGUGAGAGAGGGACUGCUCUACUCAGUGGCUACCUUGUCCCCACUAUGACGCUGAUGAUCCACUCUUCCAGGCUCCCCUCACCACCGCUCUAUGGGAACUUUGACCUGUGUGUUACUGCUACACCACCAUCCGUGCCCUGCACCUUAGUAACACACAGACAGAAAGACAAAGGGAUAAUGUAAUGACAAGCGCUGGGGCCAAAAUGGUGGCCCAUGUAUGCUGACUUGGGUUCAUGCCCAAUCACAUCUCUCAAACCACAGGGCUGGGAGAGGAAAAUGAACCAGAGGUACAGAACUGCAAUAAUUGAAUUACCAGUGUGAGACAGUGGAUUUGUAGUUUUUUCUCACCCUACUGUACCUCUAGGUGCUUGGAAUCCCAUGAUAACAGACUACAAUAUGAAAACGGGAAAAUGCUUUCCGUUAUCGAUGGCAGAAAAUGUUUCUCCUGUGCUUCGAUGGUUAGGUGGAGCAGGUUAACUCAAAAUGCAGCUAAAUCAAUGAAGAUGCUACAUUAUGACAAAAUGAGUAUGAGGGGGCUCAUUGAAUCCUCUGAACGGCAUUGUACUUACUCACGCAGAAACGAAACAGUGGAGCCAAGACCAACAACAACUGCCAGUGCUGGAACGAACAUAACCACUGUUAAACCUCAUCACUGUACCACAGUCAAACAAAACGGUCAGUUACUGAACAAUGCUCAGCUGAGGUCAAAUUCAAAAGAAAUACUGUCCGACAGAUAAAGGAUUUGUAUUUUAAGAAUUUAGGUCAAAAUAUUAAUUGUAUAGAAAGACAUAUAUGAAAUUGAUAUUAUUACUUUACUUGUCAUAGUUAUCAAUAUUGAGAAGUACUUCAUGUUCAAGAAUGUUAUUGUAUGUUCUGAAGUUUGUAUGGUAGGUUCUUGUUUGUAAUACACAUGGGUUACUCUUAGCUGUUGAGAGAUUCAAAACUGUGACAGAUUUGGUGAUUCAUUUUAUUUGGCAGUCCGCUAUCUACAGUCAUGUGAGAAAGUAAGUACGCUCCCUGUGGUCUUUUGUUAUUUGACAUAUUUGGACACAUGGAUAUCGGAGCUAAAUUCCAACCACAUUCAUGGAUAAAGGUGAUCCAAUUUAACAAAUCACACCAAAAAAAAAUUUACUUUGAAAAUGUUAUGCAAUUAAUAUAAACAAAAAUGCAAUUUCUUUAAGCAGAAAAAGUUAGUACACCCCUACCUUUACCAUCACAUAAAAUGGCUAAAAUUAGAACCAAGUGCACCAACAUAGGUGAAAAUCAUUAGAGAGUACAUUGGGAGGGUCCAGCUUUCCAUAAAGAUUAGAAACUGGUUUGGUCUUAACCAUAUGGGUGUUUGAUAAAACAUCAUGCCAAGAUCAAAAGACCUACCUGAGGCCCUCAGAAGAAAGAUUAUUGAUGCCCAUGAGUCUGGGAGGGGUUACAAAUCCAUUUCCAAGCAAUUUGAAGUACAUCAUUCCACUGUCUGACGGCUCAUCUACAAAUGACCAUUGGCAAUCUACCUAGGACAGAUCGUCCCACCAAAAUUAGCCCAAGAGCUGACCGAAAGAUGCUCAUAGAAGUCUCUAAGAACCCCGGGGUAACAUCAAGGGAUCUACAAGCCUCUCUUGCCACAAUCAAUGUCAAAGUGCAUGAGUCAACUGUCAGAAAGAGACCGCACAAACUUGGCCUACAUGGGAGGUCAGGAAGGAAGAAGCCUCUGCUCUCAAAAAAUAAUAUGAAGACACGGCUGACAUUUUCCAGACAACAUCUGGGUGACGACCAAAACUACUGGAACAAUGUGCUCUGGACAGAUGAGUUAAAGGUGGAGUUGUUUGGCCGCAAUGCCAGACGCCAUGUUUGCGGAAAACGGAACACUGCCUUUGAACAGAAGAACCUCAUACCAACUGUAAAGCAUGGAGGCGGUGGCAUUAUGGUUUGGGCUGCUUUGCUGCCUUAGGGCCUGGCCAACUUGCCAUCAUUCAACCACGAAUUCCAUAUUGUACCAGAUGAUUCUUGAGGAGAAUGUGAGGCCAAAAAGCUGAAGCUGAACCGAACAUGCAUCUUGCAACAGGACAAUGAUCCAAAACACACAAGCAAAGCUAUAACAGAAUGGCUCAAAAAUAAGAAAUUAAGGGUUAUGGAAUUUCCCCACAGCAUCCUGUCGAAAUGCUGUGGGGGAACUUGAAGCUGGCCGUGCUUGCAAGAAAGCCUGCGAACAUGACAGUUGAAGUAGUACUGUAAAGAAGAGUGGGCAGAAAUUCCUCCCUGUCGAUGUAAGAGACUAAUAGAUAGUUACAAGAAACGGCUACAUUAAGUUAUUUCAUCUAAAGGGGGCAACACAGCUAUUGAAGCUAGGGGUGUACUUAUUUUUUUCCGCACUAUGGAGUUACAUUUCUGUACAUUUUUUGAUGAAUAAAUUAUUACAAAGUAUGAUCUUUCAGUGUCAUUUGUUAAAUUAGGUUUCCUUUAUCUGUCAAUUGUGGUGAAGUGAAGAUUACACAUCCAUCUGUCCAAAUAUGUACAACAAAAGACCACUUUCCAGGGAGUGUACUUACUUUUUCACAUGACUGUAUCUCCAUGACAUCACUUUGAGUUCCAAGAUGGAGACUUGUAAUGUGUGUGCAUAAUGUGUGUUUCAGAAAUGAGAAACAUGGAUUUACUGUGUAGUCAUAAUCGAAGAAUAGAGAGAGAGAGAGACCCACUAGUGCAGUUGCUCUAUGUCCUAUUUAAGCUGAACAGUGUUACUGCCAGACGCCGUUUUAGUGUGAAACAAAUGAAAUGCCUUCAGUUUGAUUGAAUGUAUUGCGAUUAUUGGUAAUGUUUUGGUGAACUGCCACACCUCCAAAAGAAGGGUUUCAAAGCCAGAAGUCGCAAACGUCAUUCUGGAUUAUCAUCCCAACUGUACAAAAUGAUCAUUAGUAAGAGAAAUCAUUGGCCUUGUGCUGAGAAUGUUUUGCUAGUGGCCACAUUAGAGACUAUUAUAAUAACACCACAAGGACCAUGUUGCUUGAAUAUUGGGACUUACAAAUCUACUGUAGUGUGAUCAUACCGCUAGUUGUUUUUGAACUGAAAAUGAAAAUCGCCAAUGACUUUGUGUCUGUAAAUAGUGUAAGCUUCUCUUUUUUUAUUUGCAGUGUUUUUCUACUCAUGUACAUGAUUCAUGGCUCAUUCAAGUUAGCUGUCAAUACAAUUACUGUCCAACCUGUGGUGUUUUAUUUAUAGAUUUGGGGGUAUUUCAUAUUUUAAUGUGAAACUUUUAUCUGCUUAAAAAAAGAAGGAAAUAGAAAACAACACCAUACAACAAAGCAACAGAAUAAAAUGUUCAUAAUAUGUU